UUGAAUAAGCUCAUAAUGACAGCCUUCCAUGUAGUGAGCUUCUUUUCAGCCAUUUUAGCUUCUGUGUGUUCUGUUCCGGAAUACUGUGAAAAGAGAUUAGAAAGAGACAGAGACUACGAUAAUGCUACGAUCACAAAUUCCUCUUACAUCGGAAAAGAAAUUUUGUACGUCAAUCUGCAAUCAUGUGCCCAGAAAUGUCUAACGUAUCGUUGUGCGUGUUCGGCCAUUUUUCACAACAGUCAAAUGGGAACCUGUGUGCUGUUGAGCGCCACAUUAGAUCCCCAGUCUAUUGGGUCUGGCCCCAUUGAGGGGGACUGGGAAUAUUACACAACUCCAAAAGGUUGUGAGCCGGGCUGGUUGGAAUAUAGCACUCACUGCUACUUCAUUGGCCAAACAGAGGUCACGUGGAUGGAGGCGAAGUCUGAAUGUGAAGCAAGAUGUUCCCAUCUGGUGGAAAUACAAACUAAAGAAGAAUCUGAUUGGCUGGCUGAGACAUUUGUCUUCAAAGACACGUGUCCGUCUAACAUUUUUGAUUUCUGUCGUGCUUGGACAGGUGGCAACGAUCUUAGAACGGAAGGUAGAUACCAAUGGAACAAUGCUAAUGAAAGCAUGGCCUUCACAAAUUGGGAGUCAAAUGAACCAAGCAUUACUUAUCCUUUUCAAGCGAAGUAUAGCGACUGUAUCCACCUACUUAGAAAUGGAAACUGGAAUGAUAUACCUUGUUCGACAAAGACUAACUUCAUCUGUGAGAAGGCCUGA